UGCGCCCACACUGGAUGAAUCGGAGGCCAUCCCACGUGUACUGUGUUGACUGUCAAGGUCUCCCGGAGCCCAAUUCCCGGAAGCUGUGAGUUCUGAGAGAAGUUCCUGAGCUCGGUGCCCUGAGUCUGCGAAUCCCCACCAUGAGCACCCCAGGCGUGCUGUCCUUCACCCAGCAAGCCUGGGAGCAGGUUCUGGCCAAAGUGAAACGGGCCGUGGUCUACCUGGACGCCGCCUGCGCCGAGAGCCUGCACUGGGGCUGCGGGUCCUCACGGCUGCUGGAGGCGGUGGGGAACUCUGCGUGUUACCUGCGGGAGUUCGAGCCCGCCGCAGUUGGUGGCGGAGCCGAGCAGCCCAAAGCGGUGUUUGUGUUGAGUUGCCUGCUGAAAGGCCGGACCGUGGAGACCCUACGGGACAUCAUCUGCCGCAGUCACUUCCAGUAUUGUGUGGUGGUCACGGCUGUGAAUCACGCAGUCCACCUCACGGCUAAUCACGUGCCGCCGGCGGCGGCGGCUGAGCUGGAAGGGCAGCAGCCAGUGUUCGAGCAACUGGAGGAGAAGCUGUGUGAGUGGAUGGGCAACAUGAACUACACGGCUGAGGUGCUGCACGUCCCGUUGUUACUCGCAUCUGCUGCUCCCCACCUUGCCUUGACUCCAGCUUUUGCUUCCCUUUUCCCACUGUUACCCCAGGAUGUGCAUAUCCUCAACCGUGCCCGACCGGACAAGAGGAGGCUGGGAAACCUGGCUGAGGUGGAUGCCACUACCCUAACCCCUGAGCUGCUGCUGACGAUUAGGUGCCUGGUGUCCGGCCUCAGUUCCCUGUGUGAGCAUUUAGGGGUACGGGAGGAGUGUUUUGCUGUAGGUUCCCUCAGUCGGAUCAUCGCUGCAGAUCUGGCCAAUUUUGCUCCCGCCAAGAACAGGAGGAAGACCGCCCCAGGCAGGGCAUCAGUGGUCUUUGUGGACAGAACUCUGGAUCUCACAGGGGCGGUUGGACAUCAUGGAGACAACUUGGUGGAGAAGAUCCUUUCAGUGCUUCCCCAGCUUCCGGGCCACACCAAUGAUGUGAUGGUUAACAUGGUGGAACUCACUGCACUCCAGGCCGAGGAGGAGAAUCAGAAUAUGGUUGCACCCGGCUGUCUCGCACAAUCCAAUGACCCGGCAGCCAGAGCCCUGUGGGAAGCAUUAUUGAACACCAAGCACAAAGAGGCAGUGAUGGAAGUCCGGAGACAUCUAGUGGAAGCAGCAAGCAGAGAAAACCUGCCAAUCAAGAUGAGUAUGGGGAGAGUCACUCCGGGACAGCUCAUGUCCUAUAUUCAUCUCUUCAAGAACAACCUCAAAGCUCUAGGGAAUCACUGUGGGCUCCUACAGCUUGGGCUGGCCACUGUUCAAACUCUGAAACACCCGCAGACUGCCAAGUGGGACAACUUUCUGGCUUUUGAAAGGCUCCUUCUCCAGAGCAUUGGGGAGUCGACAAUGUCUGUUGUGUUAAAUCAGCUGCUUCCCAUGAUUAAGCCUUCAAACCAGAGGACUAAUGAUGACUACAGCCCCGAAGAGCUGCUGGUCCUCCUGAUAUAUAUUUAUUCUGUCAGUGGAGAGUUCUCAGUGGACAAAGACCUGGGUGAAGGUGAAGAAAAAGUGAAGAAAGCGUUGGCUCAAGUCUUUUGUGAGGAGUCUGAAUUGUCACCUUUGCUGCAAAAAAUCACAGGCUGUGACUCUUCAAUUAACCUGACAUUUCACAAGUCCAGAAGUGCGGUGGAUGAACUCUUUACUUCGCUUCGGGAUAUUGCUGGAGCUCGGAAUCUCAUGAAACAGUUUAAGUCUGUAUAUGUUCCUGGAAAUCAUACCCACCAGGCAUCCUAUAAGCCGUUGUUGAAGCAGGUUGUGGAGGAAAUAUUUAAUCCCGAGAGGCCAGAUCCCGUUGACAUUGAACACAUGUCUUCAGGCCUCACUGAUCUCCUUAAAACUGGAUUUAGCAUGUUCAUGAAGGUGAGCCGGCCUCAUCCCAGCGACCACCCUCUCCUGAUCCUCUUCGUGGUGGGCGGGGUCACAGUCUCGGAAGCCAAAAUGAUCAAAGACCUUGUGCCAUCCCUGAAGCCAGGAACCCAGGUAAUCGUGCUGUCCACGCGACUCCUGAAGCCAACUAACAUCCCUGAACUGUUAUUCACAACUGACCGGCUGCAUCCAGACCUUGGCUUCUGAGCAUCUGCUGACAAGAGGAGACCGACCCGAGCUGGAAAUCCCAAUACUAUUAUCUGUCCCCAUCCAAGAUAUGCCUCCCAAACCAGCGUCCCUGUUACUAAUCGUGGGUAUGACUGAAUUAUGCCCAAAGGAUCUUUUUUUUUUUUAACAUCUUUAUUGGAGUAUAAUUGCUUUACAAUGGUGUGUUAGUUUCUGCUGUAUCACAAAGUGAAUCAGCUAUAUGUAGGCAUAUAUCCCCAUAUCCCCUCCCUCUUGCGUCUCCCUCCCACCCUCCCUAUCCCACCCCUCUAAGUGGUCACAAAACACCAAGCUGGUCCCCCUGUGCUAUGUGGCGGCUUCCCACUAGCUAUCUAUUUUACAUUUGGUAGUGUAUAUAUGUCCAUGCCACUCUCUCACUUCGUCCCAGCUUCCCCUUCCCCCUCCCCGUGUCCUCAAGUCCAUUCUCUACGUCUGCAUCUUUAUUCCUGUCCUGCCCCUAGGUUCUUUAGAACCAUUUUUUUUUCUUAGAUUCCAUAUAUAUGUGUUAGCAUACGGUAUUUGUUUUUCUCUUUCUGACUUACUUCACUCUGUAUGACAGACUCUAGGUCUAUCCACCUCACUACAGAUAACUCAAUUUCGUUUCUUUUCAUGGCUGAGUAAUAUUCCAUUGUAUAUAUGUGGCACAUCUUCUUUAUCCAUUCAUCUGUCGAUGGACACUUAGGUUGCUUUGCCCAAAGGAUCUUGAUGCCCACACGGUGAAGUACUUUGUUGGCAUUGCUGAGAUUCUUAAAAAAAAAAAAAAAAAAAUUUCAUUUUUUCUAAAGGCAUCAAACUGCCUUUCAGCUGGCCUAAUUCAUGAUAAUUCCCCUUUAUCCUUAACUCUUUUCUCUGUGAACUUUCUGAUUCCACCUGCAAGUUCAUUCAUUCUAAAUGAGUGCCUGUUGGUGAGUAUUGGUAGAUUACAAGACGUCUGAUCUGCAGUUGCUCAAGGAGAGGUUACCCAUGCUUUAGAAUCAUGAGUGUGAGGAAAGUUUGGUUUUUAAGAUUAUAUAGCUGAGGAGGGAGUGCUGCAAAUAGGAUCUGAGGCUUUGUUUCUCUCUUGAUCUGAGACAUUUCUGAAAAGGCCAGAAGGGAGGGGUAGCACUGCUAGGGCAGUGCUGAUUGUCUGCCUGUGUUGUAAAUCGCCUGCCUGUACAAAGGGCUGCAUUGUUCCAGUUUGCUUACUGGGCAGGGCUGCCAGCCUGCUUGGAACAGGAGUGGGAGAGAGGUUGAUUGGAGGGCUGUGCCUGCCUGUAAAAGGUUUCCUCUCCUCCCCAAGGAAGGCCCCAAUAAAGAUAUCUAGUCCAGGGAGUCUAGGUUGGAACCUCACCCCCUGUGACUUUUGUGAUUUCACAUUUCUAUAGAAGUAUAAAGCUUUCUUUUCUGUGUGUCUAACUCUUCCUUCUAGCCAUAACAGAAAAACCUAGACUGACAGAGUGAAAUUAUAUAAGAACUCCAGCAAAAAUGAACUGCUUGGAACCCACACAUUUGUAGGUGUAUAAUUCAUGGAAAUUUCUAACAUCUCUAAAAGAAGUUUGUAAUAAAGAGAUAAAGCUGCAAAAUAGUGGCUAGUGUGGAUUAAACAGAGGAAAUAAAAUGUAAACCAAAACACUCACGUGCCUCUGCUUUUAGUUCUCUACAAAACAGUGUUAUGAGAAAACUGUGAAGUUGGAAAUCAUUUUGAGAUGUCAUUGAAGCAGGUUUUCUAGACACCAACGUUCUUUAUUUUGUCCAAGUACGUUUUCCACCUAACACCAGUUCGUUCACGGUGCUGAAAUACUGGAGACCUCGGAUGCUUCUUCCAUUCCACUCACUUAAAAGUUUGAAUUUGAAUAAGGAAGAAAAUGGCAAAUAGCCCCAAAGAGAUGAUCAUUA